AUGCGUUGGACCCCUGCUCUCCUGCUGCUGUACGCAGCCUAUGUGUUUGGCUGUGGCACUCCUGCCAUCAAACCCAACACCAACCGAGUGGUGAACGGAGAGGACGCCCUGCCCCACAGCUGGCCCUGGCAGAUCUCGCUGCAGGUGAAGCACGGCUCGCGCUUUCAUCAUACCUGUGGGGGCACUUUGAUCGCCCCUCGCUGGGUCCUCACCGCGGGACACUGCAUCUGGCCUGGAGAUGUGUACCGAGUGGUCCUGGGGGAGCAUGACAUGAGUGUUCAGGAGGGCACAGAGCAGACCAGAGAAAUCCUCCGCAUUGUGGUUCAUCCGGACUGGGACAUCAACUUUGUGGCCAGAGGAAAUGACCUGGCCCUGCUCAAACUGGACAAGAGCCCCAUAAUGACGGACAGCGUUAGCCCAGCCUGUCUCCCGGAGGAGGGCGAGAUCAUGGCCCAUGGGACGCCCUGUUUUAUCUCAGGCUGGGGCAACCUUUACACUCACGGGCCCAUGCCUGACAGACUGCAGCAGGCUCUCCUCCCAGUGGUGGAGCACAGCAUCUGCAGUCAGAGCGACUGGUGGGGCAUCACCGUCAAGAGCACCAUGGUGUGUGCCGGAGGAGACAUCAAGUCGGCGUGUAAUGGAGAUUCUGGAGGUCCUCUGAACUGUCUGGGAGACGAUGGGAAAUGGUACGUGCAGGGCGUGACCAGCUUUGUGUCAUCAACAAACUGCAAUGAAGUGAGGAAGCCGACAGUGUUCACAAGGACCUCAGCUUUCACCCAGUGGCUCAACGAGGUUAUGACCAAUUCCUGAAGACUGAACUGGUUCUGGACCGACUGCAACUCUUUUGAAGUCAUUUGCACUUUGAGAAUGGAAUGACUUUGCAAGAUGUGUAUAAAAUCCUACAUCAACCCA